AUGUCAGAAAACAUGGACCCUCAGCGGGCAAAUGAGAAAAUAAUUGCUGAUGAACUAAGCAAGAUCUCCUUCAAGGAACGAGAGGAGGCUUACGAAGAUAUUCAUGGUGUUAGCGACCAGGGCAAGGAGACAUCAGAAUUAAUAGAAUCCUCCCUCGGACAAAUGCAACAUUACCUGAAGUCUCUCAGUGACAAAUACGCCUACGACGUUGCAGAAUCCCUGUCUAAGGAUUAUGUUACCGAUCGUGGACUCCGACUGAAGUUUCUGAGAGCUUCGCUUUUCGACCCAAAGGAGGCAGCUUCCCGAAUGGCCGGGUACUUUCGCCACAAGCUUGAUCUGUUUGGAUGGGAAAAACUGGUUAAGAACAUUACUUUUGAAGAUCUUGGCGAAGAUUCAAUGGAGGCGAUAUCACAGGGAAUGAUGCACCAAAUCUUACCUUCUCGGGAUACCCAAGGACGGGCUGUAAUCUGUGGGUCGCAUAGAUUAUUCCAUGACCAAGUUGUCAGAUACAAGGACCCAGUGAAAACGUUGACAAAAGCUUUCUGGUAUGUGUUCACGUCUGUUGCUGACGACGAAGAGACUCAGAAAAAAGGUUUUGUUUUUGUGAGUUACGCCAUCGACUCGGGUCACCCAUCUGAUGCCACCCGGCGAGCAGCCGCACAAAGUUGUGCUAUCAUAGGCAGAAGUUUACCAGCGAGAGCGACCGCGGUGCAUUUUUGCUUGGAUUCGCAAGAAGAGGCGGCGCUAUGGAGGGUGAUGAUUUUGAGCUCUCCAACCUAUACUCGAGUGCGAAUUAGGACACAUUACGGUUCGCACAAUGAGACCAAAUUCAGAUUAAUGUCAUUUGGUGUACCGAUCAACGAUUUUCCCUUCUUAGAAAGAGGCGAGGUGAAGAAGGCUAAUCAUUUUAAGUGGAUAGAACGACGGAAACGAAAAGAGGAGUAUUUGAGAACCCGUUCUCUUCCAAAGAAUGCCAUUGACAUUCCAUCAAGAGUUGAUGUGAUUCUUGGUCGAGGUACUCCUUUCAAUAGUCAUCCUGGGAAUAAGCGUCUCCAUGAGAUCGUUGCGGACCAUUAUGAUGAGUAUGAUAGAGAGACGCGUGUGGGAAAGACAAAGCUAGCUGAGAUGAUUGUUGUCAUGGUUCAUGAAUAUGGAGGGAAAUUUAUGAAGCUGGAUGACGAAUGCGGCAUGUGGAUCGAGUUGGCUUCUCUAGAUGCGAGGAACAAAGUUGCUCACUCUUUCCGACGGAAGCGGGGGUUUGCAGUGAAAGGGCCCGAGGCAGUAAAGGUAGCUACUGGGGAAGACUGCGGAUGCGACAACAAGCGAUUGCGAGCAAGCCGAACGAAGCUGGAUAUGGCAUCUUAG